AUGCCACCCGAAGGUUGCACGGGGACUGGGAUACUGCCAGGAUGCCCAAGCCUAGACAGGGGUAAUCGAGAGCCAGAGGUCGGGUUCGAACUGUGGACCCUCCGGUCAGUAAAUUCGCGCUUGAACCCAUUGGUCAUCCCGCCCCUGAGCAUUGUGAAGAUAUGGAAAAACUUAUGCGUGCCUGAACAAACGAUCUCCAAUACAUUCAAAAUGCAUGUUUCCAUUUCUAUCCUCGCAGUGCUUGGGCAACCUGGCAGUAUCCCAGCCCUCGUGCUUCCUUCGGGUGGCAUGGCAGCUAGGCACCGGAAGUGUGCUACAGCUGAACGCUGUACAAUAUACUACCAAAUCUCGAAUAUUGUACCGACGGAAACACGAGAUGGCCUUCGUGCAGCAUUUUCGACUGAAAAUAAUAUCACAGAUGAGAUGUUC